UAGUGGAUCAAGCCAACCAAAUUUGGAGCUGACUGAAUUUUAGGAAAACUGGGCGUGAACUUUUGGUUCAUAAAUAAAAAAAUUGGUUUUAUUGUCCACAACUAGUAGUGUGGAGUCGAAAGAGACGAGGCGAUUAUCCCUAGAUUUCCGUUGCUAUAAAAUGGCGUGAGAAAGUAGAUCUGAACAGAAACUACUUUACAGUCUUCUCUUCUCGUGAGAGAGAGAGAGAGAGAGAGAGAGAGAGACGGAAUACACAUUACACGCUUCAAUUGUAACAACACGUGGUGAGAGAGAGAGAGAGAGAGAGAGAGAGGAUGAUGUUGAAGGUUCCCUCGUGUUCUCCGGCAUGCAUUGCCGCUUCGAUUCGAGAAAAAGCCCUAGACAAUCAAUGCGGCCGCCUCUUGCCUUCUUCUCUUCCGAUUCGCAAACGAAACGCCGUCUUGUGCGCUUCUUCUUCUUCUUCUUCGUUGCCUUCGUCGGACAAUGCUCCGGUUCUGACUGCGGAGCCAAACGGGUGGGCCGGCGGAUCGGGCCGGAGCUGGGCCGACCGGCUUAGGAUGGGGAGCUUGACGGCGGACGGGCUUUCGUAUAAGGAGAAGUUCAUAGUGAGGUGUUACGAGGUUGGGAUGAACAAAACUGCCACCGUCGAAACCAUUGCUAAUCUUUUGCAGGAGGUAGGAGGAAAUCAUGCUCAGAGCGUAGGAUUUUCAACAGAUGGCUUCGCUACAACCCCUACCAUGAGAAAAUUGCAUCUCAUAUGGGUGACUGCUCGCAUGCACAUCGAAGUUUACCAAUACCCAGCUUGGGGUGAUGCAGUAGAAAUAGAAACUUGGUGCCAAAGCGAAGGGCGGAUUGGGACUAGACGUGAUUGGAUUCUCAAGGACUAUGCUACUGGUGUAGUCAUUGGGAGGGCUACAAGCAAGUGGGUGAUGAUGAACCAAGAUACCAGACGGCUCCAAAAAGUACCAGAUGACGUUCGAGAAGAAUAUAUUGUUCACUUUCCAAAAGAACCUAGGCUUGCAUUUCCCGAGAAAAACAAUGGAAGCCUGAAGAAAAUAUCAAAACUGGAAGAUCCUGCUCAGUAUUCUCGUCUAGGACUGGUGCCUAGAAGAGUUGAUCUGGACAUGAACCAGCAUGUAAACAAUGUCACCUAUAUUGGAUGGGUGCUGGAGAGUGUGCCUCAAGAAAUCAUGGACACUCAUGAACUGCAAACAAUCACCCUGGAUUACAGACAGGAAUGCCAGCAUGACGAUGUGGUUGAUUCUCUUUCAAGUCCGGAAAUAGUUGGAGAUACUCCACUUUCAGAGCUUCAUAGAAGGACUGGAUCUGCUGCAGAAGCAGCUAAAAACGGAACUCAAUUCUUACAUUUGUUGAGAUUGUCUCUCAACGGGCUUGAAAUAAACAGGGGCCGCACAGAGUGGAGAAAGAAACCGGCAAGAUAAGCUAAUCAUUCGGUUUAUCUUUCAUCGUCUUUCUUUCUCAAGUCAUAGGGCUAAUUUAUCAUCUUCCCAUGUCUAGGUUGUUUGUGUAUUGUUCUCGUUUCUUUUACGCGUUUUUUAUUUUUCUUUUCAAAAUGCUUCUAGUUUUCGUUCUUUUUGGGGGGCCCUUUCCUCACAAGGGAUUUUGCUUCAGUGUUUUUGUAUUUGCAUUUAGAUUAACUUGGGACAACUUCAAAAUUUCGAAUAAAAGAUCAAAGUUUAGCAA